AACGUCGAAUUCGACUUAAAAAAUGAACCGCUGUCAGGAAAUGAUUCGUUACUGGUUCAAGUUUUCGAUCACGAUGAUGUUUCCGUUGACAAGUUUAUGGGCAAAAACACUAUCCCUUUGGGGCCCCUCGUCAGUGGGUCCAAGGAGAAGAAGGAGACACUGACACUCAACGAUAAAAACGGCCAGCCAACACAGCAAACGAUAAGUCUCACCAUAUCCUACGAACCCCCAGCCCAAGGAGGAGGCGGUGGAGAAUCUGGUGAGGGCGGUGCUGAAGCCGGCAGCAGUAAAGGUGGGACUGGUGCUCCCGGUGGAGGCGCCGUUGGUGGAAAUGAACAAGUCGCCGAUCUCUUGCCCGCUGUCGACAAGUCAUACUCGACGAAACCGCAGGACUUCCAGGUUCGCGUUCGCAUUCAUCAAGCCCGUCAACUGCCCGGCGGAAACAUAUCACCGCUGUGCAAGGUCGUCUGCUGGAACCAAACGCAGAUUACCUCUGCCAAACAGUCGACGAAUACACCUUACUGGGGACAGACGUUUUUCUUCAACUUUCACAAAUCCCCGGCCGAAUUGUUUGAGCAGGCAGUCGUCUUUGGGGUGUACAACUCGCGUAAACUUCGUUCUGACGCCUUCAUCGGAAGCUUUGAGCUGAACCUCGCCUCCGUAUACGAAAGCCCCGGCCAUGCUAUCUUGCACAAGUGGCUCCUUCUCGGGGAGCCUGAAGACCCCCAGGCCGGCUCGAAAGGCUACUUGAAAAUCGCCAUUGUCAUUUUGGGUCCCGGCGAUGAGGCCCCCGUAAGUGCUGCGUGGAAACUAUCCAUGAUUCCGAGUGACCUCAAGGAAAAGGGUGACACAGAAGAUGAAGAUAUAGAGGCAAAUAUCCUGCGGCCUGCAGGUGUGCAGCUUCGCCCGGCAGUUGUAAAACUCAUGCUGUAUACGGGAGAAGAUUACCCCAGAAUGUCGUUCACUUGCCAGACUCACGAUGAGAUGGUCAAAUCGUCCACUAAAGAGGGCACCGACCAUCCAGAGUGGUAUGAAGAAUUAAAACUGGGAGUACAGUUUCCUUCAAUGUGCGACAAAAUGGCGAUAACCGUCUACGAUUGGGAUCGUUUGAGCGCCAAUGACCCGGUCGCGACAACAUUCAUCAAGAUUUCAGAAAUCUCCGCACUGAGAGAAGGCGAUGAUGGUUUUCUUCCCACGUUUGGUCCCUCCUUCAUCAACCUCUACGGCUCACCACGUGAAUUCUCCGACAUGCCAGACAAGUUCGAGCCCCUGAACUUGGCCAAAGGAGAAGGUUGUGCCUACCGAGGACGUGUCUUGUGUGAGAUUCAGACAGAGCUAUUUGACGAAAUGCAAGCCAGUGGAGUCUCCCCUAUGUCCGAGGACUCCAAGAUUCGAAUCACAAAAUACCUGCGUCGCCGUAAGUACAUGCUUCACGCUGCCUUCUUCCAAGCCAACAUGAUCAUGAUAGACGAUGCACCAAUCCACUUUGAAGUCAGUAUUGGUAACUAUGGUAAUGACCUUGACGAGACCGUUUCACCCUGUGCGUCGACAACACCACCCACCAAUGCUGUGUUCGACGGCUGUUACUACAACUUCCUACCCUGGGGCGACUCCAAGCCAUGUACUGUCGUCGAGAGCCAUUGGGAAGACAUCUCCUACCGACUCUAUGCAGUCAACCUCAUUACUCGCAUUUCCGACAACUUGGAAUACGGCAUCGAGAACAUCGAGGUGAGUAUGAAAGUCGACCUUUCUGAGGAGGACCUAGCAAGCACGGUCAUCGCGACUCUUGACCAACUCAUUUUGGACUUCCAGACUCCACUUCCUGAAUGGGUUGAGGGCUGUAUUCCACCAAAUACCCUGGAUCAAAAGUUGAUGAAGCUUCGCCGUGAUGACAUGGAAAACCUCAAAGCUCAGGCAGUAAAGCUCCGCGAAGAGGCUACAAGCGCCGAAGAAGUCCUAAAGGAGCUUAAAGUUUAUCUGGCAACUUUGCGCAACAUGGUGACCGAGCCCCAAAACAGCAUGCCCGAUGUGAUUGUGUGGAUGAUUGCCUCCGAGAAAAGAAUCGCCUACUUCCGUAUUCCGGCGUAUGAUUUGCUAUUUUCUGAAAAUACUAUGUAUCGCGGACGCUACUGCGGCACGGUUCGGACAAUUACUCUUAAGCCACCAUCGUUGGACAAAGAUGAUAUGUCGGACAAAUGGAAGCUGCCUGCCCAAUUACGGAUGAGUCUGUGGUUGGGCUUGGAAAAAGACCAAAGUAACUGGACUGGACGCUCAGACAACGGAGUCAUAUCCGUUGUUGCUGAAACUUAUGAAAAUGAGGCCCAAAUAGUGGGAAAGUGGUCGUCCCGUCGCCCCCCGUUGACCCGACCGAACUUCACCGACUGCUCUGGGCGCCUGGAAUUGCCAAAGGAAAACUUCGUUCCCCCUGCCGGCUGGAAGUGGGAUGGCGACUGGUUCGUGAGCCAGGAUUUUUCACUCAUGUUCAAAAGGGAUACCGGAGCUACAAGCUUCCUGGAGGACGUUUUUUACAACGAGAAGCGCUCGCCAAUGACCUCCUGGGAAAAGGCACCCAUUCCGUACACAGACGCUCAAGGCUACGAAAAAGAGGACCCGGAUAAGAUAGAGCUUCCAGCUGGCUGGGUCUGGGAGGAUGAUGCAUGGAAGAUCGACUUCAACAGACCUUGCGACGAAGAAGGUGCGUGCAGCCACCACCAUUUGCCUGAUCUGAGUCCUUCAUACUUUCACACACAUUGUUAUCCGCGUCGUUUAAAAGGCUGGGAGUACUCCGUGGAUCAGUCGAUGGGCAACUAUGUGGCAGCUGAGAAGGUCUACCACAUGAGCCGGAGGCGACGCUUGAUCCGUCGUCGCAAACUCUCGGAUGCCACCAAGAACGUCAAGGAGGAUGGUUCCAUGAAACCUGCUGCCAGCGAGGGCUGGGAGUAUGCUUUCAGUUUUGAUAAGAGGUUCCACACUCCCAAGAAGGGAACUGACAACGUAAGGCGCCGUCGUUGGCACAGGAAGCUUGUCUCGGAGAACCCCAGCGUCGUUGUACCUGGGCUCUUCCAACUUCCUCCACAAGAAGGCGAGCAAACCAAUAUGACAAGCCCGCGUGUGUUUAUUAAGUAUGAAGAAAAGCGAACAUGGCAGCUGAAUGCCUACAUUUUCCAAGCCCGUGGUCUCUUGGCAGCCGACCAAUCGGGUUUCUCUGACCCGUAUGUCCGUGUCUGCUUCAUUAACCAAUCACAAAAGUCGGAACGUCUUGAAAAAACACUCAGUCCCCAGUGGGACCAGACGUUGAUAUUCGAGAACGUAGUCAUUUACGGGACCCUUGAAUCCGUUAUAAACUCCCCUCCACGAAUCACAGCAGAAUUUUUCGACUGGGAUCAAAUUGGUGCGGACAACUUCCUUGGUCGGUGCAGUAUGACACCUGAAGUUGUCACAGAUCCUGCCGAAUUUAAAAAAGCUAUGCUUCAAUGGUACCCAAUCACCAGACAAGGCAGAGACGGAGGCGAGCUUCUCGCGGCUUUUGAAUUGAUGCUGAUUGAUGAGUCGGCUCCCCCAUCGCCCCCUAACUUGAAGCCGGGCACAGACAUUUACGAGGUACCAGAGGGAAUCCGUCCUGAGCUUCAGACAAUGGGCAUUGAGGUGCUCUGCUGGGGAGUUCGUAACAUGGCCAAGUACCAGCUGGCCACGGUAAAUUCGCCCUCGGUGGAAAUCGAGAUCGGUGGCACAGUGAUCAGCUCUGACGUUAUUAAAGACGUGAAGAGGACACCUAACUUCAGGAAACCCCUCAUGUUCCAUGUGGCAAAGCUCCCCAAGGAGUCCCUCUACAUGCCACCGAUCAACAUUGGGGUCCGCGAUAAUCGGGCUUUUGGACGCAAACCCCUGGUUGGAUCGCACGUACUCACGGACAUCUCGGCUUUCAGAGUGCCUCCAUUAAUGCAGCCCUUCGAUCCUCUCCAGGCCAUUCCAGGUGGGCAGCUUUUACAGAGCCAUGUGCCUGUGUCCUUAACAAUAGUGAAAUUUGCUGAAUUUAUUGUGUUAACGGCGCAAAUAUUUCAGUUCAGUGUCCAACUCGGUCGAGCCGGCUCACCGCCUCUUAUUCAUGAACAGCAACCGGAGAAGCCAAAUGAAUUAAAGACGAAAGCUCUGAAUUUAGUAGACAUGUCACAGAUUGAUCCAAAUAUUGAUUGGUAUUCCAAAUACUACGCCUCAAAGGGUGAACUGACCAAAUGUGGCGACUACAAGGAACGAGGAUACGACACGCUCAAGUUCCUACCUCACCCUGUGGAAGACAGCGAGGGUUUCUACCACUUCGAAGACUUUUGCCCAACCUUCCGUCUCUAUCGGGGAAAGUCCAAAUCCAAAGAAGACGACGAUGAAGAUAACUACGCCGGUGAUUUCAAGGGAACCUUCAGGGUCUACUCUCUCCCUGAGGAUCCAAAUGCACCAAUGCCAUUGAAAUAUCUUGAAAACGAAGUCCCAAGCUCUGAUCCUGUUGAAUGCAUUAUUCGUGUUUACGUAAUCAAGGCCAUUGACUUGCAACCGAGUGAUCCGUCCGGUCUGGCCGAUCCCUACGUUGAAAUAAGGUUAGGGAAACAGAAGAUUAGUUCCAAAGACAACUACAUCCCUAAUAACCUCAACCCAGAAUUCGGCAGGAUGUUCCAACUGAAAGCUGUUAUACCUGUUGAAAAGGAUCUGAUUAUUAAAGUGGUCGACUAUGAUCUGCUGACGCGUGAUGACGUCAUCGGAGAGACAGUUAUUGAUCUGGAGAAUCGUUUGCUCACAAGGUUCCGCGCAACGUGCGGCAUUCCACAAACCUACAAUUUGACGGGCAUCAACCAGUGGCGUGACAACCAACUGCCCUCAGAGAUCUUAGCUCUAUUCUGCAAGAAGAACUCUCUUCCGGAACCCACAUACUCGGACGAAACCAAUGGCACGGUGACUUGUAACAUUGGCGAACACUUCUUUAAUGUCAAUGCAUUCGAGAAAGGCAUGAUUCCCAGCCCCCAUUGGGGACCGCCUAAGGAACGUCUUGCUCUCCAUAUUUUGAAUGCCCUCCCAUUGGUCAAGGAACACGUUGAAACAAGGAUACUUCACAAUAUGGUUCAGCCUGGAAUGGAUCAGGGCAAACUCGAACUCUGGGUCGACAUUUUCCCGUUGAAUCUAGGCCAACCUGGGCCGUCCUUUGACAUUUUCCCGCGUGCCCCGAAGGAAUAUGAGCUGCGUGUCAUUGUUUGGAAUACGUACGAUGUUAAACUUGAUGAAACAUCAAUCACUGGCGAGCGGAUGUCUGAUAUCUACGUAAAGGGCUGGUUGAUGGGUGUUGACGAGCGCGAACACACUGAUGUUCACUACAGAUCUCUGAAUGGCGAGGGUAACUUCAACUGGCGACUCAUCUUUCCCUUCGGAUACAUCCCCGCAGAAAAUGAGUUGGUCGUUUCAAAGAAGGAGCACUUCUGGUCUCUCGAUAAAACAGAAAAACGACUGCCAGCGGUUCUGUGUCUUCAGGUUUGGGAUAACGAUCUCUUCUCGCCUGACGACUUUUUGGGCACGCUAGAGCUGCCUUUGACACAUAUGCCUCAACCGGCCAAAAAGGCGGAUAAAUGCACCCUCGAAAUGAUGAACACUAGCAGUCCAAAUACGAAAGUGAUCAAUUUGUUUGAGUGCAAGCGUACCAGCGGCUUCUGGCCAUUUGCGAGCCAACCAGGACCGGAUGGCGAGCUCACGGGCAAACUCGAAGCUGAAAUGGAGCUUUUGACCAAAGAAGAGGCUCUUGAAAGACCGGCAGGAAAAGGACAGGAUGAACCGAAUGCCAAUCCACAUCUAGACAAACCGAAACGCCCAGAAACCUCCUUCUUCUGGUUUACCUCACCUUUCAAGACCUGCAAAUUCAUUAUCUGCAAGCGCUUCAAAUGCAUUCUCAUCACGAUUAUCUGUGUUUUCCUUGCGGUUCUACUCCUAGCACUCUUCAUCUACGCCAUUCCUCAACUCUUGGCGAGAAAGAUGGUUGGCGUGUAG